CGAAUUUUCAUACAAAUCAGAUAUUAUUUCAAUAAUGUAAUAGAUUUAAAGUAACCUAACACUGAUUUAACGUUGCGUUCAUUUGAGCGCCUGGUCAAAUCUCGACGCUCCCUCGGCGGCGCUUCCUUAAUAAGUAUCCCAUAAUGCACCACGUUACUGUCAUGGCUGCUCACUGAUGACACUUACAGCACAUGGGCAGAAAUCAAACACAUCAGAGUGAGCACACGAGCCCUUCGCAAUCGCAUCUCACGUUCACACAGAGCAGGUCUCGAGCGACGUGACGCGUGUUUUAUUUCUCUUCUGAGGGUUGACGAGGAUGAUGAUGCUGCAGCUGGAGGCGGCGGUUCUGGGCGGACUGAGUCCGGGUCCGGACCUGAAACAGAUCGGCUUCAGCACCGCAGAUGGAGGUUCGUUGCUGCAGUUGGUGUGUGAGGGAGAUUUCGAGGCUGUGCUUUUCAGCUCUGCGGUGCAGAGGCUGCUGGGAGGUGAUCCUGAAGAGGGUGACUGUAUUGAGGCCUAUCUGGAGAGACGGGUGCUGUCUUACCUGAGCAAUGCCACUGAAGACCAGAGGAGUGACAGAGAAACUGCUCUGUUGGCGUUGGCAGUGGGGUGUCUGAAACUUUUCGCUCAGAGUAAUUGGACCGGGCCACCAGUUGAGCUUCACAUCUCUGAUUUUCUGCCUGAGGCCUUGCUCCAGAACUUCUCAGAGCCUGCGGCCCUGAACAUGGCCGUGUUGUCCAGUCUUCAGCUGGAUGGAGAGUCUGUCUACAGUCUCGUGUCCAAUCCCCUCCUGCUGCUGCUGACCAGAGUCAUAUUCGUCAACUGCGGUGCCAAACUGGAGACCCUUCAGCUGCUUCCCUGGUGGACCCUGCGAUAUGUCACUCUACAUCAGCAGAUACUAGAGGAGAGAUCCCCACUGCUCUUCAACCUGGCGCUCAGCUGCAUCGAGAAAGUGUGUACAUGUGAGGAGCUGUUCACCAACACCACACACAGGAGCCUGGCCAUUCAGUUCCACCUGGAGUGCAGUUAUACCUGCCUGACCUACUACGAGUAUCGCAGGGCCAAAGAACACUUGCACACAGCCCGCGAUCUGUCAGGACUUGAUGUUAACAUGACAGGUGCCCUAGGGAAGCGAACUCGUUUUCAGGAGAACUUCCUUGCUCAACUCAUCUUAGAUGUCAAACGGAAGGACAACUCGCCUGUUUUUAAUUCUGAUAGUCUCUCCCUCACACCAACACCUAAAGAACUCUUACCAAAGGAUCAUCAGCUGGGUGAUGAUACAGUCCUGAACCAGAUUAACCUGGCGGAGCCGUCUGAACAUGAACUCCCAGACCUCAGUGCUGAGGAACAGGCCCUUAUACUGGCCACAUGCAUAGACUUUCAGAAGAAUAAUCCUGUUCACAAGCUAAAUGAUGAGGAGCUCCUGGCUUUCACAACGUGUUUGCUGUCUCAGCCAAAGUUCUGGGCGGUGGAAGUGACAUCACUGUGCCUGAGGACUAAGCUGGAGAGAGGAAGCUCACGGAGAGUUGAACGUGCCAUGAUGCAAACUCAGACCUUGGUGGAUUUCUUUAGUGAGAAGAAGUGUCCCAUCACUGAGAGACUAAAGAUGUUCUACACCUGCCGGGCGCCUCCUCUCUGGGAUCUACAGAGGCAGUUGGCGAGUCUGUUGACUGAUUUGGGCCUGACGAGUUCUGCGCUGCUGAUCUAUGAACAACUGGAACUCUGGGAGGAUGCAGUUGUCUGCCUGGAGAGAAUGGGACAGCACGGCAAGGCGGAGGAGAUUUUGAGACGUGAGCUGGAGAAAAAGGAGACGCCGUCGCUUUACUGCCUGUUAGGUGAUGUGCUGAAGGAUCCGCAGUAUUACGACCGUGCAUGGGAGCUUUCCAAACACCGCAGCGCACGUGCCCAACGGUCCAAAGCUCUGCAUCACCUGCGCCACAAAGAAUUCCAGCAGUGCGUGGAAUGUUUUGAACGUUCACUGCGAAUCAACACAAUGCAGUUGGGUGUGUGGUUCUCCCUGGGCUGUGCGUAUUUUGCACUGGAGGGCUACGAAGGGGCCGCCAAAGCUUUUCAGAGAUGCGUCGGACUGGAACCAGAUAAUUCAGAAGCAUGGAACAACCUCUCCACGGCCUACAUCAAACUGAGAAUGAAGGAGAAGGCGUUCCGCACCCUUCAGGAAGCGCUCAAGUGUAAUUAUGAGCGAUGGCAGAUCUGGGAGAAUUUCAUUGCCGUGUGUAUAGACCUAGGCGAGUUCAGUGAGGCUAUCAGAGCCUACCAUCGGCUCAUGGACCUCAAGGACAAAUACAAGGACGUGGAG